GCCUCCAACUGGCUCGGCCUCACUCUGGGCUCCGGCGGCGAGUGCGCAGCGCCCGCUGCCGGUGUAGGGACAGUCCUGUCGCUUCCCACGCAUCUCUCCCGGCCUCUGCAGUAGGACUCCGGAGCAGGACAGCAUUGCCCGGUGUCUCCGCCCCGCUUCAGCGGCCAGCGUUAACGCCUUGGUGCUGUGGCUGCAGAAGCUGGGGUGCAAGUCUUGGCGCUCGGCGGCUCGGACCGGAGGGCGCGGAACAGGCGAUCUGGGCAGUGUCGCUGCGUCCUAUCCGCGCUCCCUUCGGCGUCCCCGCCCCUCGUUCGCGCCUCCUCCGGAGCUGAGGGUAGCUCCUCGCGCAUUGCAGCGGCGUGUCCUGGACUGCCUUGUGGGAGGCACACCCACCUUGCCCGGCCGCACCCCUGCGCAGCAGCAUGUCGGCGCUCGAGUGGUAUGCCCACAAGUCUCUGGGCGAUGGCAUCUUCUGGAUUCAAGAACGGUUCUACGAGUCAGGCAACCGGGCCAACAUCUGGCUGGUGCGCGGCUCGGAGCAGGACGUGGUGAUCGACACGGGCCUGGGGCUGCGCAGCCUCCCGGAGUACCUCUACUCCUCGGGCCUCUUGCAGGAUUGCGGGGCUAAAGAGGAUGCAGGACGCCGGCCGCUGCUGGCCGUGGCCACCCACGUGCACUUCGAUCACUCGGGCGGCCUCUAUCAGUUCGACCAGGUGGCUGUGCACCGCGCCGAGGCCGAGGCCCUGGCUCGCGGGGACAACUUUGAGACUGUGACCUGGCUCUCUGACAGCGAGGUGGUGCGGGCUCCCAGCCCUGGCUGGAGGGCCAGGCAGUUCCGAGUGCAGGCAGUGCAACCCACCCUCAUUCUGCAGGAUGGGGAUGUGAUCAACCUUGGCGACAGACAGCUCACUGUUAUGCAUAUGCCGGGUCACUCCAGAGGCAGUAUUUGCUUACAUGAUAAAGACCGCAAGGUACUCUUCAGUGGUGACGUCGUGUAUGAUGGAUCACUGAUUGACUGGCUCCCGUACAGCAGGAUCAGUGACUAUGUGGGAACUUGUGAACGUCUCAUAGAGUUGGUGGACAGAGGUCUUGUGGAGAAGGUGCUUCCUGGGCACUUCAAUACCUUUGGUGCCGAAAGGCUGUUUCGUUUAGCUUCUAACUAUAUUUCAAAAGCUGGGAUAUGCCACAAAGUGUCUACUUUUGCCAUGAGAUCUCUUGCAAGUUUAGCUCUCCGUGUAACAAAUCCUAGGACCUCACCCUAGUAUCGACAUGGGCCAUUUGUUUGUAUUAAUUGUGUAAAUUAACCCAGUUCCCCUGUGUUGUUGGAAACAGUUACUAGUGAGCAUUUCUAAAUGUGCUUUAAGAUCACCAUUGUAUGUUAGAGGAAAAAAGGAUUAAGGAAGAAGAAGAAGAAGAAAAAAAAAAGCAGAGUCUUAGGUUAGUAUCUUUUCCUUUUCUCCAAGGAAGAAGCCACUUAAAUACGCUUGUAAUUGGCCAGUGCUGUCAUUUCAGAAUGUGUGUUCUGGUGGUGAUGUGGGUGCUCCAGGCAUCAAGGAUACACUUGGCAGCAGCUCCAAGAACUGCCCUUGUCCCAUAGUUUACUUCCCCAGAUACCUAGGGGGAAAUCGUAUGGAGUUCUGUGCUUACCCUUUACACUUGAUUUCAUCUCCAUACUUUAUUUAAAGAUAAAGUUUCUUGGGUUCAAAAACAAAGUAGAACUCAACAAACUAGUUCUAAAAUGACAGCUAAAACAGCCCGUAUUUGUGAUCCUGGAUUUUACGCCCCCUUUUUUAUUUUUUAAUUCUUUGUAUAAGUAUAAGGCAUAUACCAUGCUAUAUAAUUUAACGUAUGAGCAGUGCAAUGGAUUUUUUGUCUUACUGCAAAGCUUUAAAUGUAAAUUUCAGAGCACUUCAGUAAAAAGCCACUGUUUGUUGUUUGUUAUUGUGUAAGUAAUAUUUUCAGUCAUGAAAGUGAAAUUCAAAUUUAUGCUCUCUAACUAUAACUUAUCAGAUUUCUUAAAAAAGGGCACUGUCAGGCAAAUUUGAAAAUAAACACAUUGAGACUAAUUUUUUAUUCUAUCCUAUUUUAGUAUUAAUAGAUACUAUAAGCAAAUUUUUUUUUCUGGUUAAAUAGCAAUUUCAGUAUUGUGUCAUGUUUUACAGUACCAAAACAACUCCUGAUAUCUCUGACAUCUUGAUGCAAACAAUUCUUUUAAUUGAUAUAACAUGUAUAUGUACCACAGAAGAAUACAUUUAUUGCAUAUUGUAUUAUCUAUUAACUAGAGCAAAUGGCCUUCUUAUCCUGAUUCACAACACCUGUUCCUGUUCAGUAGUCUUCGUCGUAAACAAAAACAGUCUAUGUUCAUUAUGUCAUAGAAAAUUAUUAAGCUAUUAAUUAUUAUCACUAUUCAGUGAUACUAGGUAAAAUGUUUGGGUUUGGUGCUUUUAAUAAUAAUAAAUUUAUCAAAAAGCCUUUUGGCACAUUUCAUAAAAGUUUUUAGAAGAGUUUCCCACUACCGUUUUAUUAGUAAUAUUUUAUUAUUGACAUUGUAGACCAAACAGGUCUACUCCGUACCAACCAGCAAUUCUUAUUUCUGUCAAGUUAUGUCAUUUUUUUUUCUCUGCAAACACCCAGGUUCUUUAGGUUUUUAUUCAUUCAGUAGACACACAUGCUGGCAUGCAUGUGCACACACACAGACGCAGGCAUGCCACACUUACACAUAGGUGCACAGUACUGUGCUAAACAAUGUAGGAUGUUUGAAAGUGAAAGAACCAGUUAUAGCUAGAAGUUAAGGCCACAAAAUCCAAGAAGUAACGUAUGCAAGUUGACAUUAAUAAACAUGAUGCUUAAAUAUAAAGGACACAAGGAAGGGUGUGAAGGUGGGUAAGGCAAAGUCCCUGGAAGAGGGGAUUUUUUUUUUUUUUUAGUCAGAUUUCAGGGAGGCUGGGAAAUAAAAAAGAUGUGAGCCUACAUUUUCAAGAAUUGCUAGAUAGGCUAGCCUAUUCCUCGCGACCAUAUAAAUUUAAUUUUCUGGAGUCCCAUUUCUUCCCAGAACGGGUUUCUGAUUGUGUACGUGGCUCAUUCUUAAAGUCAGAUGGACUGAGCUGUCGUGUGCCACCACGUAAACCUUCAUGAUUGGCUCUGUAUGAGGUGUCAUGAGUGUCUGUCGUGUCCUUGAAGACAGUGGGGUCUGUUUCAACUGGUGUCACCGUACCGAGAAUAGAGGUUGGUUCAGGGCAACUGCAAUCACUUAGUAAGCCUUAAAUAUAGCCAUUAUUUUUGUAUCAGCAGCACAAAAUAAAGCCAAAAAUCCUUAAUCAUUGACUAUUUUAUCAUAUUUUAGUAUUUACUUUAAAGUCAGGAUAGAGUAGGCAUUAAGCUUUAUUAAGAAAAUUUAUUCCUGAUGAGAUGUCUCUUUAUUUAUUAAAAGUGCAAUUUCUCAGUAUAAAUUGAUAUUUGUCGAUCUCACCAAUUUUUUUAGUUUUCUAAAUUCCAAUGUAAGAUUGCGAUAUUUCACUAUUGCUACCCUGCGAAAAAUACAGAAGUAAAUUUAUACUCAUUUAGUAUCCACAAUACAUUUUAAAUUUGCAUCCUAGUUCCAGCACCCAGAGAUAAUUGACCAGCAUCAUACAGUAUGGACUAGGAACAAUGCUAGUAAUUGAACACAGGUUUGUCUGCUCCCAAACCAUAGCCUCUCUUAAACCUGCACAAUACACAGAAUUGCCCACAUAUAUUUUUACUUUCUAACAUGCCAUAUAUGUGAAAAAUAAAUAAUAUAAAAUCCUAAUAGCAUUUUUAGAAAAUAAAAAAAAAAAUAUGUAUUUUCACCCUGACAGUGGCCCUUGUAAAUUUAUGAUUUUUCAGAACUAGAAUAUUGUAAGUGUAACUCAAGGUUGUCAAAAUGUUAGACAUGUCAAAAUGAUUUCUUAUUUAUUAUUGCUAAUAAUGAACUUGUGGACUUUCACUUUAUUUAUUUAAUUAAUGUCUCCUUUUAACUGAGAAGCUUGAAGCAAACAGAAACCUUGUAUGUUAUACUGAUGUAAUUGAGUAUCUGGUUAUGUGUAUUUGUUCUAAUAUAGGUAAUAAUAUGAAUGUGACAUGCACAAAUUGUUCUAUAAUUUUCAAAUAAGUCUAUGUAAACAUUGUAUGGUAACUAUUAAAGUGGCCAUGUAUUUCA